UGGAAUAUUUGCAUGAACAUGCCUUUGAGAAUGUCUAACAAGCUGUUACUACUCAAUGUCAUCCUCACCCUGUGGGUUUGCUGUGCUCAUGGGCAAGACUCUCAAGGAAGAUGUGGGCCUCCUCCGCCAGUAGACAACGGAGACACUACCUCAUUCCCAUUACCACAGUAUCCUCCGGGAUCGGCUGUUGAGUACCAGUGCCAGGCCUACUAUGUACUUCAGGGAGACAGAUACAUAGUGUGUCGGAAUGGAGAGUGGUCAGAACCACCAAAGUGCUUAGAUCCAUGUGUAAUUUCAGAAGAAAUGAUGAAACAACACAACAUACAGUUAAAAUGGAGAGAUGAUAAAAAAAUUUAUACUAGAACAGAUGACACUAUUGAAUUUACGUGUAAACGUGGAUAUCGCCCAAAGACACCAAAUCAUACAUUUCGAACAACCUGUCAGAAAGGAAAAUUGGUGUAUCCUCAUUGUGAAUGA